ACCAUUUCCCUUUCUUAAUGCUAAAACCCUACGCUAAAUCCCAAGUCGUGCCCCUCCGUCAAGCUUCUCUCCACCUCGCUUCAGUAUGCUCCCUGCAACUUCUUAAGCUGCCGACCAUUAUGCCGGUGAAGCUUUCCCCGCCAUAUGUUUUGAUCCCUCUCACCUGCAGACGAAGGAAGCUAUAGCCCUUUAGAUCCGGCAUGUCGGCCGCGUCGAGAGGCCUCAUUUCUCGUCUCCGAUUUCUUUCUGUCGGCACUUGGCCGUCGUCUUCAACAACAUAUCAGCUCAGAAGCUUCUGUUCCGAAUCACUUAUCGGCCACGAUGCCAUUGAAAGCGAGCUCAACAACCGCGGUUCUCCUAUUAUCGAAGCCAAGCCCGGAGUCAUGACCCCCACCUCCAAGCGCACCGGAUUAAUCGCCGUCAAGUGCGGAAUGACGGCUCUCUGGGAUAAAUGGGGCGCUAGGGUUCCCAUAACGGUGCUUUGGUUGGACGACAAUAUCGUAUCUCAGGUCAAGACCUUCGAAAAGGAAGGAUUCGCAGCUCUACAGAUUGGUUGCGGGCACAAGAAGGCCAAGCACUUAACGAAACCUGAAGUAGGUCAUUUUAGAGCUCAAGGUGUUCCUCUCAAGAGGGAAUUGAGGGAGUUCCGGGUCACAGAGGAUGCUCUUCUUCCAGUUGGUACGUCGAUUGGUGUCCGCCAUUUUGUUCCAGGCCAAUAUGUUGAUGUCACUGGAAUAACCAGAGGGAAAGGUUUCCAGGGUGGGAUGAAAAGACAUGGUUUUCAUGGAAUGCCAGCAUCUCAUGGUGCAUCAUUAUCACAUCGAAGUAUUGGUUCUACAGGCCAGCGAGAUGCUCCUGGGAAGGUGUUUAAAGGCAAAAAGAUGCCUGGCCGCAUGGGUGGGAAGCAGCGAACAGUUAAAAAUGUAUGGAUCUAUAAAAUUGACCCUGGGAGGAACUUGAUGUGGGUGAAAGGCCAAGUACCGGGGGCUGAAGGGAACUUCGUGUUUAUUAGAGAUGCUGUUUACAAGAAACCAGAUAUUUCCACCCUUCCAUUCCCAACAUAUUUUGUCCUAGAAGAUGAGGAGGCGGCAGAGUUGGAACCAGUGGUUGCUGAUCUUGGGGAAUUUGACCCUUUUAUGGCUGCAGAUUAGUAGGUGGCUGGUUUUUCAUUCUUUGUUUGAGCUGCCAUAUUUGUUUUGAUGGUGGAUAUGGACAGAGAAGGCCAUCAUUAACGUGUGUUUGAAUACCUGUUAAAAUUUGUUGGCAGUUGACAUUAAAUUUACAAGAUGUGCAAAAAAGAAAUGGGGGCAGAGCAGUUGUGGAGGAAUGUAAAUCUGAUGAUGAGCCUCUGAAUCCUAAUGUCUGGAUUUGGAAAUUUUGUCCAAAUAAGUCGCUAGAUAAUGUGUAGAGUUUUUGGCCUCUGCAUUUAUUUUAUUUUUUUGGAAUACAAUUUAUACAGGCAUUAUGUUGUU